AUGAGACUCCGUCUCUCUGGGUUACUCUUCCUCCUGGUGAUCUCAUUGCCUUCAGGGAACAGUGUGUUUAGAAAUGAUGGAGCGACAGUUCGUACUUGCACUCGACGUGGUGGCAACUGUUACUUUGGCUGUAAACUGGGAUGGAAAUGGGUCGCCUUCUGUCACAAUGUAUUGUCUUGCUGCGUAGAACUGAAGAUUAAUAAACCCCCUCAGGUCAACUUACCAUGA